GGCGGUGGCGGUGGCGGGGAUUUCCCGGCUGGUAGAAGAAGUGGAUAGUGGCUUACAUGUCAAAGGAUGGCACGGUCACGAUCAAGAUCCCCAAGAUGGAAACAUAGGUCUUUAUCACCGCGACCUAGCAACGUUGAGUACCACAAGCAAAGACAUUGUCAUGGGCAUUAUAACUGUGACUAUAGAAAAGAUACGAAAAGACCUAUUGCUUGGAGAAUGGACAACGAGAAACAUGGACAGAGUAAAUCAAGGAAUCUCUCUCGUGGACGUCUUUAUUACCAGCCAUAUGAACAUAGACCACCUACCCCAAACAUAAGGAACUCUUUAGAAAAUGUUCACACACAUAAGCCUCACCGAGUAUACUCAGUUGGAAGAGGGGAUGGUAACAGAAGAUCUCAGUACUUGCCCACACACUCAGAGGGUGCACCCUACAUAGAGCAUGAGAGGAAUUGUUAUCCCCAGAAAAUGCAAGGAAGGUAUACUUCUGAUGACCACAGAGUUAGAGAAAGUGGGAGAGGAGGGAAACCACCUGAGAGGCCAAUAGCAGAUUCCCUUAGAUUAGAAGGAAAGUGGCAUGAAGAUGAAUUGCGACACAAGAGGACACAAGAAGAAAGAUAUUCCAAGUCACCCCGAAGAGGCUCACAAGACUUUGACGCAAGGAGCUCUUUUCCGAAGAGGUAUCCUGAGGAUCGUGAUUUUGGAAAACAUGGACACACAUCAAAAAGAUCUAAAGACAUGGUGAAGUACGAAAACAGAGAGCCUGCCAGAAUCCCAAAGUGGAAGCCCAAACAUUCUCUUCCAUCUCAUCAAGAAAAGACAGAUCAGUGGAACUUUGGACUCCAAACUCACCGAUAUUCUGGGAAGGAAUACCCAGAGACCAGUUCAUCAACCAAAGUAUCUUAUGACUAUCGACACAAACAUCAUAAGCCCUCAGAUGACCACCAGGACUUUUCUGAUGGAAGAACUCAGAAGUACUUGAAAGAAGAAGUUAGAAAAUACAAUUCUCAAAAAGGCUCUGUAAAUAGAGAGUCAGACUGUUUAAAUGCAAGAGGGAGAGAGAAUGAAGAUAAACAAGUCAAAGAAUCUCUUAAAUCAUCUAAGAAAGGACACAUUUCCAGUAGUCAUUCAAGUAAAAGUGAAAUGGAUUUGAAGUCUUAUAAUGACAAACAGAAGAGAAAAAUAAGAAAAGAUGAGGAUGGCAGAAAAGAAAACAACUUUUCUGGUAGCCAACCCGAUACAAGUAAACUUGCUGAUGAGAAACCAUCAUCUGUUAAUUUUAAGAAGCAAUUGCUUACAGUUAAAUUAAAUGUGAAGACAGCUGUAGACACAUCCAGGAUUGCUUCUAGCCUUUCUACAGAGAGACAGAUGUCAUAUGAUUUGGUUGCUGUUGGUAGAAAAAAUGAGGACUUUCAUCCAGUUUUUGAACAUCUUGACUCAUCUCAGAAUACUGAAAACAAAGCUACAGAAGAAUUUGCUCAGGAAAUCAUAGCAAUAAUCCAUCAAGUUAAAGCAAAUUAUUUUCCAAUGCCUGAAAUUACUCUACAUGAGCGUUUCUCAAAAAUUCGAAACAUACAUGAAGCAGACGUAAAUGAAAUUAAAUUGAAUUCAGAUCCAGAAAUUCACAGGAGAAUAGAUAUGUCUUUGGCUGAUCUUCAAAGUAAGCAAAUUAUGGUAUAUGAACCAGAUAAGACUCUGGUCAAGAUAAUAGACCCAAAUGACCUACGACAUGACAUUGAAAGAAGGAGAAAAGAACGGUUACAGAAUGAAAAUGGACACAUUUUUCACAUAGCUAGUGCUGCAGAGAGGAACAAUCAGCGUUCCAGUUUUACAAAGUUGAAGAAUACUCAUGCUGAUGGAUUCCCCAAACUUCCACAUUUGAUAAAACCAAAUUUUAGAAAAUUUAUUCAGAAACCUUACAUAAAUUAUACUAUGCAAAGAAAAGAUAAUAUUACUUUGAAAUCAUAUGACUUUGACGAAAACCAAGGCUCUAAAAUGCUUUAUAAGAGCAACUUUAGUGGUGACAGUUUCCAGCCCCAUUACAGAUCAAACCUGGUACAAAAGAGCUUGUACAUUCAGGCUAAAUAUCAACGUUUACGAUUUGCUGGUCCAAGAGGAUUUAUCACUAAUAAAUUCAGAGAGAGAUUACUGAGGCUAAAAAAGGAAUAUACAGACGACACUGAAACGUAGUUUGGAAUUACUACAAAUGGAAACAACACUACUGAAGGAUAUUUGGAAGCAUCUCUUUUUGUCAAGAGUUAGAAUUGGCACUAAGGCACUAAUACUGUAACUUUCUUGAUAAAAAUAACUAUUUUUCAGUAGUGGAAUGCUGCAACAUUUUUACACUUAACGAUUGCUUUUAAAAUACAGUAUUCAAUUUAAAAGUUGUAUUAACUACAGUUUCUUUGCAAAAUGUCUCAAUAGAAUCACUUGAAGGGCAUUAUUUCUUGAUGCAUUUUUCUCCAAGCAUGGUUUCACUGAGAAAAAGUUAUAUCUGGACAUUUAUAUGUUGAAAGCUUUGGUUUGGAAAUAAAACUAUGAAAAUCGUAUGUAUGUACAUGAAAGAACUUUACAGUGGCCUUACAGUAGCAAAUUUUAUACCAGAUUUUUUCUUUUUCUGAUGACAUUUUGGCUUAUAACUUGAAGUUUUUCUUAAGUUUCUGAAGAUCAAGGCCUAUAUAAUUCAUACAUUUCAUAAUACAAUAUAAGAAGGCUAGAGAAACGGUGCUUCAACUUUUCCAUCAGGUAGUUGUGAGUGCACUGAAUUUUUGGUAAUAUGUUCGUUCAGUUUUUUCCACAACUAUUUGCUCUUUUCCAGUUUCAAAAUGCUAUUGUGGAAAAUAUGUAAAGAUUUUGUAAUCUAUAUUCCAUCUUAUUUUUCCCUCAGGGCAAGCUUGUGCAUAUAUUUUUAAAGGCUUUUAGAACAUCUGACAAAUGAAAUGUCAUAUUUGAAAAUUGUACUUUACUACUACAGCAUUACACAUUUUGCAAGCACAUCUUACAGAGUGUUUAUUUUCAGUUCAGUUGAUAUGUACUGCAUACCUACUAUGUGUAAAAUAGAGUUGAUGACAUUUUAAAUGCAGUUUUUAGGUCUGAGUACUUUGUUUCUUUAUGUUUUUGGUGUUCUGCUUACCAGUACAUAUACAUUCCCAAACCAAUUUUUGUGAAAUGUUUUAUUUGUAAUAAAAUAAAAUAUUGUUGGUC